CCGGUAGGGGUGCAGUCCUGGGCGCCCCCCCCACCCCCUCACCUGCCCUCUCCUGCGGCCUCGCCAGGGAGGCCUCUCACCCUCUUAGGGUGGCCCAGCCGAAUGCGGGGCUGGCCCGGGGUGUCCAGACACUCUCAACAUGGAAUGGUUCAUCCGACUCCUGGCCUGCCUGGUGGGCAUCCUCCCGAUGGGAUCCUUUGUGAGAACUAAGAGAGAUACUACCGGGAACUUGCUCAACACAGAGGUGCACAGUGCGCCGGCGCAGCGCUGGUCCAUGCAGGUGCCGGCCGAGGUGAGCGCGGCGGCGGGCGAGGCGGCGGUGCUGCCCUGCACCUUCACGCACCCGCACCGCCACUACGACGGGCCGCUCACCGCCAUCUGGCGCGCGGGCGAGGUCUACGCGGGCCCGCAGGUGUUCCGGUGCGCGGCGGCGCGGGGCAGCGAGCUCUGCCAGACGGCGCUGAGCCUGCACGGCCGCUUCCGGCUGCUCGGGAACCCGCGGCGCAACGACCUGUCGCUGCGCGUCGAGCGCCUCGCCCUGGCCGACGACGGCCGCUACUUCUGCCGCGUCGAGUUCGCCGGCGACGUCCACGACCGGUACGAGAGCCGCCACGGCGUCCGGCUCCGCGUGACCGCCGCCCCGCGGAUCGUCAGCCUGUCGGUGCUGCCAGGCCCGGCGCACGCCUUCCGCGCGCUCUGCACGGCCGAGGGGGAGCCGCCGCCCGUCCUCGCCUGGUCCGGCCCGGCGCUGGGCAACCGCUCGGCCGCCGCGUCGGGCCCGGGCCAGGGGCACGGCCACCAGGUGACCGCCGAGCUGCCCGCGCUGGCGCACGACGGCCGCUACACGUGCACGGCCUCCAACAGCCUGGGCCGCGCCGAGGCCAGCGUCUACUUGUUCCGCUUCCGCGGCGCCCCCGGGGCCCCGGCGCUCGCGCUCCCGCUCGGCGCGCUCGGCCUCAAGGCGCUGCUGCUGCUCGGCGUCCUGGCCGCCCGCGCCGCCGCCCGCCGCCGCCGAGAGCACCCAGUUGCCCAGGACACCCCACCAUGGCCCCAGGCUCAGGAGUCCAACUAUGAGAAUUUGAGCCAGAUGAGCCCUCGGGACCCAGCAGCAGCCACAUGUCUACCAUGAGGACCCCUUGGCCACUGGCAUCCACUUGUAUACCAUGAGGAGCAGAGGCCAAGGCCGGGCUUGGCUGGGGCAGCCCUUCCUGGGUCCCAGCCAUGCUGGCAGCCCCUUGCUGGGCAACCUCCCACAAAGGCUGUUACGAGCCCACUCAUGGAGGCUUACUGGUCUCCUGCGAGGAUGUCUGUUCCAGAGCCCCUGUGAUUUUUAUGUCAGUGGGACCAGCGUUUUGAAAAAAUGUGUGUGUGUGUUUGUGUGUGUGUGUGUGUGUGUGUGUGUGUGCACCCAUGCACAUGUAUGAGCUCCAGCAUGAAGCUUAUGGACAAACUCUCACCCUUUCUUACAUAGAACAUCAUAGUAAAACAGGCAGGACGUUGGUCA